CUCGGUGGAGAGAGGGAGGAGAUGCCCUCAUUCCUCGGUCGCCCCGACUCCUUCCCAAACGGGAUCAUUUCCUCCAAAGGGGCCCUCCGAGACCUGGCACUGCGGACGGAUCCAGGAAGGAGAAGCGAGCGGAAGGAAACUUAAACUUCGGACUGGAGCCCGAGAGACGCGGUAUGAGGAGACCCCCCCCCAGCCCCUGAGACCGCAGGGCAUCAUCAAAUUGAGCAAAGUUUGGCAGCAGCUUGGAGAUAAGGGAGGAAUUCUGGAGACGAGGCGCCCCCGGCGGGGUGGUAGCAAGCACCGCAGUCGCGACACCUGCUUUGAUGCCCCGCAUUAGUGCCUCCAGGGCGACAGGGAGGCGGGAGGCAUCGCAGCAGCGCAACUCCCCACUCCUUUCCUUUCUUCCUUACUCCCCCCACCCCCACCCCAACACCCCGCCCCAGGCGCUGGUGACUCCGCCUCUCCGUGCCGGGCGGUUCUCUGGCUGGAGCUGGAAAGGGAGCGCUUCCCAGGACUCAGCUCGGUGCUGAGGCUGAGAAGCCGACGCCGCUAGCUCAGGCCCGGGGGCGGGAGCUGGACUGCCCGCGCAACCCGCGCCUGGGAGCUGCGGACCCGGGAACGCCUGAUGGGACGCCCCCAGGGGUUCUGUUCGCACCCUGCUGCCAAGUCCCAGUCCUAGGCGCCCGGGCGCACAGCCCGCCCGGCCACAGCCCGCGGCCUGACUGGAGGGGAGUAUGCGGCCCCGGGCCCCACGGCCACCGGCCACAGGGCGGCGGGGACCUAGCUGCAGAGCCCCGCGCCCGAGGGCGGCGGGCGAGGAACCGCGGAGGCCAGCGAGUCGUCGGGGCAAGAAGACGAGCGCCCCAGCCCGGGCUCCGGAAGGGCUGCGGGACCUGUGUGCGGCCUGAGCGCCGAGGAGGAGGCGGAGGCGCCCGCCGUCCAGGCUCUGGAGAGACUGUGAGGGGCUCCGCAGCAGCCCCGGACCCCCGGCCACCAUCCUCACGUUUCUGCUCCCACGGGGGGGAUGCCGCGGCCCGGGCCCCGAGCACCGCCCCGGCCCCGGGGCUGAGCUCCGGACCAUGUCCUCCCGCAGCCCCCGGCCCCCGCCCCGCCGCUGCCGCCGCCGCCUGCCGCGUCCCUCCUGCUGCUGCUGCUGUUGCCGCCGCUCGCACCUCAACGAGGACACGGGGCGCUUCGUGCUGCUGGCGGCGCUCAUCGGCCUCUACCUGGUGGCGGGCGCCACAGUCUUCUCGGCGCUGGAGAGCCCGGGCGAGGCGGAGGCGCGGGCGCGCUGGGGCGCCACCCUGCGCAACUUCAGCGCGGCGCACGGAGUGGCGGAGCCGGAGCUGCGCGCCUUCCUUCGGCACUACGAGGCCGCGCUGGCCGCCGGCGUCCGAGCCGACGCGCUGCGCCCGCGCUGGGACUUCCCCGGCGCUUUCUACUUCGUGGGCACCGUGGUAUCCACCAUAGGUUUCGGCAUGACCACGCCCGCCACGGUGGGUGGGAAGGCCUUCCUCAUCGCCUACGGGCUGUUUGGCUGCGCUGGGACCAUCCUGUUCUUCAACCUCUUCCUGGAGCGCAUCAUCUCGCUGCUGGCCUUCAUCAUGCGCGCCUGCCGGGAGCACCAGCUGCGCCGCAGCGGCCUGCUGCCCCCCACCUUCGGCCGCGGCUCUGCGCUCUCGGAGGCCGACUGCUUGGCGGGCUGGAAGCCCUCGGUGUACCACGUGCUGCUGAUUCUGGGCCUGUUCGCCGUGCUGCUGUCCUGCUGCGCCUCGGCCAUGUACACCAGCGUGGAGGGCUGGGACUACGUGGACUCGCUCUACUUCUGCUUCGUCACCUUCAGCACCAUCGGCUUCGGGGACCUGGUGAGCAGCCAGCACGCCGCCUACCGGAACCAGGGGCUGUACCGCCUGGGGAACUUCCUCUUCAUCCUGCUCGGCGUGUGCUGCAUCUACUCGCUCUUCAAUGUCAUCUCCAUCCUCAUCAAGCAGGUGCUCAACUGGAUGCUGCGCAAGCUGAGCUGCCGCUGCUGCGCGCGCUGCUGUCCGGCGCCGGGCGCGCCCCUGGCCCGGCGCAACGCCAUCACCCCGGGCUCCAGGCUGCGCCGCCGCCUGACUGCGCUCGGCGUCGACCCCGGGACCUGCGACAGCGACGCCGAGGGCCGCCGCCUGUCGGGCGAGCUCAUCUCCAUGCGCGACCUCACCGCCUCCAACAAGGUAUCGCUGGCGCUGCUGCAGAAGCAGCUGUCGGAGACGGCCAACGGCUACCCGCGCAGCGUGUGCGUCAACACGCGCCAGAACGGCUUCUCGGGCGGCGUGGGCGCGCUGGGCAUCAUGAACAACCGCCUGGCCGAGACCAGCGCCUCCAGGUAGACCGCCCGCCCACCCUCCCGCCAGUCCGCCCGCCCGUCCGCCCGUCUGCGCGCCUCGCUGCGUGCGCCAGGGACCCCCUCCAGGCUGGCGUGCCACCAGGCGUGGCUUGCUUUCCUUCUCUCAGACGCUGGCGCUUUCUUAAUCUUUAUCCAAUAAAAUGAAACCAAAAAAAAAAAUUUUUUUUUUAAAGAAAUACUAUUUGGACGGGCCUGAUGUUAUCAGGGGCAGGUUUUUGGAUAACCUGUUUUCCUUGUGGGUCCCCUCUUGGAGAACCGUGGCCCCCAGCAGAUUCUCCUCCAGGGAGAGAAAAAGUGGCACCCAGACCCUCACGCGAUGCAUACCGCAGCCAGGAGAGUGCCAGUCCUGGGUUGUGCAGACUGGCAUUCAACCCGGUCCCCAUGCGCAUAAGCAGCCGGCAACCCCAAAACAUAUGGUGCAACUUUACAUGGCUCAGAGUUACCUCCGCAGCAUUUAGAAUCUUGGCCCAGCCCAGCAGCUUCCUUCUGGUCGUUAGAAGUGAUAUAGUCACAGUUUUGACAGAUGGGGGUGGGGAGAGCCAUCUGUUACCUCCUGGCGUGUAUAUAUAGCACAGCCGCUACACACAAGUGGUGUAGUAUUACGCAAUGAGAUGAAACACGCACCAACUCGGGGACUGUGGCGUUUCCGAGAUUUGGAAAUGGCAAUGGUAAGGGGCUUGCUUAGCUGGCCUUUCUCAGCCUGUAUUUCUCUUAGCACAGUACCCAGGGCAGCUACUUGUAAUGAAGGAAAUCAGGGUGGCCUGCAGGAGCCCCGCUCUCCGUCAGCUGCCUGAUCUCAGAGGCUCCAGGCGUAUCUCUGAACCCCGCAACCCUCCUUUCUCUCCCCAGCACCAUCCACCAGGUCGCUGCUCAUCAUUAAAUAGGAAUGUGCGUCUUUUCAGACAAGGUUCUGCUUUGUUAGUGCGGGUUCUUUUUCCUCCUUAACUCGAUCAGUUCAACAUUUUUCUCUUUUAGAGAGAGCCUGAGGGUGCAGAGCACAGCCCCAGCCCACCCUCCUUCUCUGAAUAGGGCUCUGCCAGCUGCACCCUGGGGGCACCAGGAACCCAACACAGCCAUUUUACACAUGUCAGAGAAUUGGGCUUCAGAGCCCAUAAUGUUUGGGGGGCACAUCCCAUUCUAAACCCUUUUUGGCCCCCACAGAUAAUCAAGUGAAUGUGUUUCCUCCACAGAGUAUGUACUGGAGGUGGAGGAAGCUGGGAGGGAGGCAGCUGGGGAACAGGAAGAUGGAGUCAAUUUUAGGAUCCCAGUUUUGCUCUGGAUGAUCCUCAAGCUGAGGGACAGGUUCUCCCAGACGCCCCCUCUGCCACCCGGGGGUCACUGACCUGGAGGAGGGCCAGAUCCCCCCCCCUUUAUUGAAAGGAAAGGGGUCUUGGACUAUGAAGGAACAAAACUUUCAUCUCCUUUUAAAUCUCAUCUGGCAAGAUGAUGAUCCCAAGGACAAAUGCCAGAGUCUAGUCAGACAUGGUAUGACCCAACAGCAUAUAUACACAGCUCUGACAGGAAGUCUUGGAAAGCACCAGACGCCUCACACCACCGUCUGCCCGAGAGGCAUUGAAAGCUGCGAAACCUCCCUCCCUGGCAGUGAGGAAAGCAUAUGUGUCUGGAACACACACACACACACACACACACACACACACACAGACACGCAUGCACACACACUAUUAAGAGUCACACUUGAAUGUCAGCCUCCCCUUUUCCCUUCUAGUUCAUGGCAGAAGGGGGAAAAAAUGACUCUCCAGUUACUUUGGGUAAUUUCUAAUUUGGGCUGAAAUAGGUUCUUAAACACAAGCCCUAAACGGGGAUGGAGCCAGGGAGGCAGAGUGGCCGGGAGAGAGGCCAGUGUUGCUAAAUCCUGAAGGGUAGGCUUCCGGAGAGCCGUGCUUCCAGGAUCCCUGUGACUGUCAGGCAAGCUCCUGAGCAUCCCC